CGAGCCCCGACCCACCCGCGGCACAUCCUCGGCGGCACGGGCGGGAGAGAAACUUCCACGGAUACCGACCCGGGGGUGGGACUGAUGGAACUGGGGAGGACAGCUAACGGGGGAGCUUCGCCGUUUUGAUGCCCGGUGGGAAAAGGAGCGGAGAGAGUUCGGGGAUCGCCGUGGGUGUCUCUGGGACAGAUCGGCGCUGAGAUUUUCGUCUGGACAGCUGGAGAACAGCGGCCCCCCUGGCAUUGAAGAGAUGGCAACCAGCCCCCUGCCUGCUCCCACGGACAUUUUGCUGCCAUCUCCAUCCGGCACGUACCCACCAGACCCCAUGAACCAACAGCAGCGUGCUGGCCACGCCGCCAUGAAACCCAACCAAGUGGGGCAGGUGAUCCUCUAUGGCAUCCCCAUCGUCUCACUGGUGAUCGAUGGGCAGGAGAGGCUGUGCCUGGCACAGAUCUCCAACACUCUGCUCAAAAACUUCAGUUACAACGAGAUCCACAACCGACGCGUGGCCCUGGGCAUCACCUGCGUGCAGUGCACACCAGUGCAGCUGGAGAUCCUGCGGCGCGCCGGGGCCAUGCCCAUCUCCUCUCGGCGCUGCGGGAUGAUCACCAAGCGGGAGGCAGAGAGGCUCUGCAAAUCCUUCCUGGGGGAGAACCGUCCACCCAAGCUGCCUGAUAACUUCGCUUUCGAUGUGUCCCAUGAGUGUGCCUGGGGGUGCCGGGGGAGCUUCAUCCCUGCCCGCUACAACAGCUCACGCGCCAAGUGCAUCAAGUGCACCUACUGCAGUAUGUAUUUCUCCCCCAACAAAUUCAUCUUCCACUCGCACCGCACUCCCGACGCCAAAUACACGCAGCCUGACGCUGCCAACUUCAACUCCUGGCGCCGCCACCUCAAGCUGACCGACAAGAGCCCCCAGGACGAGCUGGUCUUUGCCUGGGAGGAUGUCAAGGCCAUGUUCAAUGGCGGAAGUCGCAAGCGGGCGCUGCCACCCACACCCACUGCCACCACUCCUGGGACCACUGCUGUCCCCCAGUGCCACGCACUGGGCUCGGUGAAGGCAGCAGCUGUGGUGGGGGGUGGCUUGCUGGCCCCACACCUUCUGGCCGCAGCACCCCAGGAGCUGCAGCAGAAGCGGCCACGCUUCGAGGAGGAUGAGGAACUGCAUGAGGCCGUGGCAGUGGCAGGAGGCAAGAGCCCACGGAGCUACCCACUCAUCCCGGUGCCCAGCAAAGGGGCCUUUGGAGGAGUGCUGCAGAAGUUUCCAGGCUGUGGGGGGCUCUUCCCACAUCCCUAUGGCUUCCCUGCAGCCUUUGGGCUCUGCCAUAAGAAAGAGGAGGGCAGCAGUGCGGGUGAUGCCCUUGGAGGGACGGCAGCCCACAAAGCUGGAGGAGGGACAGCAGGUGGCGGGGGGCUCUCUGGGCUCUUCUGGCCCGGAAGGAAGGAUGCAGCCUUCUACCCACCCUUCUGCAUGUUCUGGCCACCCCGCACACCAGGUGCACUGCCAGUGCCCACCUAUCUGCAGCCCCCUCCUCAGCCACCUGGAGCAACGCUGGGCUGCGCACUGGGGGACGGCGCUCUCAGGCAGGCCUUCCUGGACCUCUCGGAGCCUGAAGCAGCGGCCUCAGAGCCUGCAUCGCCUUCUGCUUCGGAUGGAGGGAAUGGGGCAAGCGGAGCCCGUGUCCCCCCACACCCAAUGGAAGCUGCUGGAGGCCAUAAGGCUGCCAGGGGAGGAUACCACCACUCCAGCGCCUUCCGCCCAGUUGGGGGCAAGGAGGAUUCAGAGAGCCUGGCCAAGCUGCAUGGUGGUGGCCCGCAUCGCCCUGCAUCUCCACUGCAGCUCCUGCUUCCCCCACCACCCCCCCCACCACCCCCUCCACCACCACCACCCGAGGAUGGGGGCUGUGAGCGGCCUCCAUACCCCCCAGCAGGAACCUUUGCCAGCGAGGACAGCAGCGAGGAGGAGGAGGAGGAGGAGGAGGAAGAGGAGGACGAGCCUGAGGUGGACGUCGAAGGGCACAAACCCCCUGAUGAGGAAGAAGAAGAGGAUGAGGAGGAUGAGGAGGAGGAAGGCGAGGAGGACACCGACCCCCUGACGCCCACCACCCGCUUCCCACCCAGCAGGGCUCUGCCAGAGAAGGCCGGGCAGGACCGCCCCACCACCACCAGCCACCCCUUUGCCCGUCCGCCUGCAGAGGAGAAGCUGGGGGAGGGCCAGGCCCCCAGGGCAGGCAGCGGAGGCAGCAGCCCAGUGCAGCACCUGGCGCUGGAGGAACCACCCUGCUACAAAGAUAAUCAGAAGAGCAAGGAGGGAAACCAAGUCGUCCUGCCCACAAAGGAGGAUAACUUUUCAGAUAAGAGCAAGGAGCAUAAUUUCUUCAUCACGGAUUCUGAGCCUUCGGGAGGGGACUUCUGGAGAGAUGUAGCAGGUGAACACACACAAGAAACCAACUCACCUCAUUCACUGAAGAAGGACGUAGAAAACAUGGGGAAAGAGGAACUCCAGAAGGUUUUGUUUGAGCAGAUCGACUUACGGAGGAGGCUGGAGCAGGAGUUCCAGGUGUUGAAAGGAAACGCAUCUUUCCCAGUAUUCAACAAUUUCCAAGAUCAGAUGAAACGAGAGCUGGCUUACAGAGAAGAAAUGGUGCAGCAGCUACAAAUAAUUCCCUAUGCAGCAAGCUUGAUCAGGAAAGAAAAGCUGGGUGCACACCUCAGCAAAAGCUAAAGAAGCGCUGGACCUUUUGCAGCUGUUCCCUUGUAAAUAAAAACCCGCCGUUCUGAAAUCUAACUUGUAUAAAGACUGAUAAAAUGGAAGUGCUUGGGGAUAUAAAGAACAAGUAAAACAAAUCAGGUUCCUCCGAACUCAAGGACAAGUGACCUCAAAAACAUCAUGGACAACCAUGUAAAAUAGAACGUAGCAGCCAUUCAUUAGUAAAAACAAAACAAAACGAAACGGGAAAAAAAAAAAAAAAAUUAAAAAAAUGCCUGUCCUGGAUCUUUUUUGGUGGUACCAAAGUUUAAGUCUUUGUGUUUUUAGAAGGACUACUAAACCUAAUAGAGGAAACGCUUUUGAUGAAUCACACACACACACAAGCAGCGAAGAGAAACGACGAUCCUUCCAACGCUACGGACACCGACAGCAUCCUCCAGAUCAUCUUUUGCUUUUGCAUAGUGAUUGUCUUACGGGAAGAAACUGGCUUUGAGACGGAGCCACACUGGGAUGGAAGGAUAAAAAAGCGUGAGCCAUACACAGUGCUUUUUAAAAGCAGACUGGAAACUCUCAUUACCCCCCCCCCCUCCUCCUUGGUCCCUUUCUCCUCUGGUAUUUUGCCUGCUGUAUGAAUUAAGAUUGUACUCUUCUGGAAAUAUUUUACAAUUUAAUAUUGAGUGUAAUUAAGAAUAUAAUCACUGUUAUCAAAAAAAAAAAAAAAAAGAAAGAAAA